UACUGUAUAAAGCAAGCAUGUAUGUAACCAACCUUGGCACAAAACACGUCACACGAGAGGAGAACCAUUUGAUGGAAGAAAAGAAAAAGAAAAAGCAAGAGGAAAAGAAAAAGAAGGAAGCUGCUCAGAAAAAGGCUGCUGAACAGAAAACCAAAGAGCUGCCCCCACAGAGUGGCCUGGCAGCCCAGUAUGAGAAUAUAUCCCCCAAUCGCAGUGCCACUACAGCCUCUACCAAUAGCUGCAGCAGCUGGGAUCCACUGAUUAUUGACGAGUGCGAUACGGAGGCGUGGCCUUCCAUUUCAUGCAAAGAAAGCCACACCCCUGCAGGAUGCCCCUUGGACACUGAAAGUAUCAGUGACAUCAGCAGCAUGAGCAUGGCCACAGGAGCUGGCCAGCAAGGCCAUUUCUCCACCAAUCACCCCAGCAAAGUCAAUGCCAGCCACUCAGGAGGUCUACUCUCUAGUCAGGGUGGGGCCAGCAGAGGCUGGGGCUCUGGCCCAUCUCCUGCCAGUGGAGGAGAAGGGAAGAAUGAAGUCUCCAGCCCAUCAGUGGGAGCCAGGGGUUGGGGCUCCUCCAACUUUAACUUGAACUUAAACCCCAACGCCAACCCCUCUGCCUGGCCAGUUCUAGGACAUGAAGGGGCCAGCAUAGGUGGCGGCAGCUCUGGAGGAAGCAACCUUCCUCCUCCUAAUAUCUGUAGCCCACCGGGCACUCUGCCCAGUCAGGGCCCUAGCAGCAGUGGCAGUAUAGGUGGUGCCAAUGGAAAUUCUGCAGGUAAUGGUGGCAGUGGCAAUAGCAGCACCACAUGGGGUAGCAUUGUGCCCAGUGACUCCUCAGAGCCACACUCCACCCCAUCCACGAAUGUGUCUUUCAGCUCCGAACCGCAGAACCUUAACACUGAUGGACCAAAUCACACUAAGCAAGAGCCCAGAAGCCCUGGCCACAGCCUGCCUAACUGGGGGGUUGGCCCUGCAGGCAAGGGCUCAUUUGUUCAAAAUCCAGGAGGAGCCUCACAGGUCAAUGGGGAUGAAGAACCUGUUUGGGGUAAUGGCGAUGCCAAGUCUGGUAGUGGCUCAAAAGACUCUGGUUGGGACUCAGGGAGCAGCUGGGGACAAGGAGGGGCCUCAGGCACUUCUGGCUGGGGACAAGCUGCCUCAACUGGAGACUGGGGUAAGCAGUCCAACAGUGAGCCCAAAGGAUGGGAUUCUUCAAGCUCUCCCACCCAAGAGCAGCAGCUCAAUUCUUGGGUCCGUGGGGCCAAAGCCCCAGCCAGUGAGGGAAGCAGUGACAGUAUGGAAUGCCAUCCUCGUAGGAGGGUCUGUUCAUCAAGAGAUGAGGCUUCCCCUAUUCUGCCUGCCCAGGAUAUGGACCCUCGGGUUCUGUGUAACACAGGCUGGGGACAAACACCAGUGCGUCAGCACAGUGCUUGGGAGACCAAAGAAGCUGCACGCGCCAACUGUAAGAAUGACAUUGGAACUGAAUCCUGGGGCUCUUCCUCAAAUGCAGCCAAUGUAGGACCAACACCAACAUCUGGCAGUGCCAACCCCAACUCUGGCACUACAUCCAGACCAGACUCUGGGGGCAAGAAUGAGGGCCCAUGCCCCAGUACUGGAGCUGGACCUGGAUGGGGCACAGCCAUGCCGUCACCCCAGGCUAGCUCUGGUUGGGCAGAUCCUACCAGCAACAAGAAACCUUCCAGUGGUCCUGGAAGUUGGGGCAGUACCCAAGCUGGAGGUCCAGGUGGCAACCUGCAGAAAAGUGGUCAGACUUGGGGCUCAGAGGAGAAGUCUCCUACCUGGGAAGACAGUCAUGCUAAAGCCAAACCACAGGCCUGGCCUGAGGGGCCCAACCCUUCUCGUGGAUGGAGCAAUGGACCUGGUGGAGAAAGCGGGUCUGGAGGAGAAUGGGGUGAACCUGGAGAUGGAAAGAAAAAUGGUCCCUCCAGCUCGACCUGGGAUGGAGAGGGUACUGGCUGGAAUGAGGGCUCCAGAGGAUGGGGCAAGCCUGCCCCGGGCGUAGGAGGAAACUGGGGAGAUGCACAACACCCCAGUAUGCCAUCACAAGGAUGGAAUAACAAGCCUCAGGAGGGCACCAAUGGCAAUAGUGGCAGUGGAAGCAUGGGCUCUUGGGGAGGUCCUAGCUCUGUAAAGCAGAGUGGCUCUGGAUGGGGAGGAGGAAAUGGUGGAGGUGUUAAACCUGACAAUACUGGAGAGCCCACUGGAUGGGAGGAGCCCUCUCCACACUCCAUCCGCCGUAAAAUGGAGAUUGAUGACGGUACCUCAGCUUGGGGUGACCCAAGCAGUUACAAGAAGACAGUCAAUCUCUGGGACAGGAAUAACCCUGGGAUGCAAAGCAAACCAGGAUCUGGCAAUGCCAACAAUGUACCCAACAACCAUCAUCAUCAUCCCCACCAUAACCAGCCUCCCAUGCAGACCCACAGUCAUGGAGGGUCAAAUUCAAACAAUAAUCACAUUUCUCCUGAUAACACUGGCCCACAUCCAACAGGACCACCUCACAGUAGAACAACCCUCAUGAAUCCAGGAUGGGGCGAGAUGACAAAUGUCCAUUCAAAACCUGAACCCUCAUGGGUAGAGCCAGCCACCCUUGCAGCAAGUCUGGACAAUGGCACUUCAGCAUGGGGUAAACCCCCAGGCGGCUGGGGUGAUAAUGGCCCUGAGGUCUAUGGUCGAGGCAACGGACCUCCUGGAUCUGCCCCCUGCAAACCUGGCCCAAAAUCUAUGCAAGAUGGCUGGGGUGGUGGAGAGGACAUGGGCCUGUCUGCAGGGCAGUGGGAGCAGGAUGAGGGUGACAUGUGGAAUAGCACUGCAUCUCAAGAGAGCAACUCCUCCUGCAGCUCCUGGGGUAACCCACCCAAAAAGGGCCCACCAAAGGGAAAAGUCCCAAACAAACAGGAUGAUACUUGGAUAAUGAAUCGUCUUAUCAAGCAGCUGACUGACAUGGGCUUCCCUAGAGACCCUGCAGAAGAGGCUCUCAAGAGCAACAACAUGAACUUGGAUCAGGCCAUGAGUGCCCUGUUGGAGAAGAAGACCGAACUAGAUAAACGGGGGAUGGGAAUCUCUGACUAUAACAAUGGCCUAGUCAAUAAACCAAUGGGCUGCAGGCCUUCAGUCAUCUCCAAAGAAUCCUCCUCAGAUCGUCCCCCCUUCUUGGACAAGGAUGCUGGGCUAGCAGAUGAUGCCCAAACCUCACCGUUUAUGCCUUCUCCGAGCCUGAAGCUCCCAUUGGGUAGUACUGCACUCCCUGGCCAGAGCCUUGGAGUUGCAAUGCAAAACUUGAACAACAGACAGAUGCAGAGUGGAGUGUUUGGUAGUAGCGGAGCAGCACAAGCCCGGGCCCUGCAGCAGCAGCAGCCUCCUCCCCAGCCGUCAGUGCCACCUCUCAACUCGUCCCAGCCUAGUCUACGUGCUCAAGUGCCUCAGUUUUUCAGCCCUCAGGUUCAAGCACAGCUUUUACAGUUUGCAGCAAAAAACAUUGGUCUCAACCCUGCACUUUUAACCUCACCAAUAAACCCUCAGCAUAUGACCCUGUUGAACCAACUUUAUCAGCUGCAACUGGCGUACCAGCGUUUACAAAUUCAGCAGCAGAUGUUGCAGGCACAGCGCAGUGUUUCUGGCCCCAUCCGACAGCAAGAGCAGCAAGUUGCACGUACAAUCAAUAACAUGCAGCAACAGAUCCAGCAGCACCAGCGGCAGCUGGCUCAGGCUCUGCUGAUGAAACAACAGCAGCAGCAGCCACCCACCUCACACCCGGGCCUGCAUCCCAGCGCAGGCAAAUCAGCUCUGGACACAUUUCCAGCCCACCCCCAGGCCUCCAGCCUCUCUGUUUCCGACCUUCAGACCAAAGAGCCGCAGUCUUCUCCAAACUCCUUUUCACCAUACCCUAUUUCUGGAUUGAACCCUAACAUGAAUGUGAACUGCAUGGCAGUGAGUGGCCUGUCCAUUAAGGACUCUCCUCAGCCUCAGUCACGCCUGUCACAGUGGACACACCCAAACUCCAUGGAGAACCUCUCUGGCAGCUCCUCUCCAAUGGAGCCCAACUUCAGCAAACAUGGUGCCAUCUCUGCAGGCCCCAGUCUGGGUCCCCCAAGUAAGCCCACGCUGGAUGACUCCUACAGUCCCUACAAUCUGAUUCCCAGCUCCGAGUCUCCUGCCAGCGCCCUGGCACCUCAUGAUAGCUGGGGUCAGGGAAAGAACACAAAUGACAAGAUCUCCAAUGGGACCAAUGUCAACUGGCCUCCAGAGUUUUGUCCAGGAGUGCCCUGGAAAGGACUGCAGAAUAUUGACCCUGAGACUGACCCCAAUGUGACCCCAGGGAGUGUUCCCAGUGGGCCCACCAUCAAUACCAACAUUCAGGAUGUGAACCGCUACCUGCUAAGAGACAGGAGUGGAGGUUCCACCCUAACUUCCUCACAGGGUGAGGCUCUGCCUCCCUCCAGCGUUUGGCCAGUCACUAGCUCUUUCAGUCUGUCCUCCCAAGAGGCAGCCAGCACAGGGAAGCUGUCUGACAUGAAGUCCACUUGGUCUCCGGGGCCCAUCUCGCACACCCAGGCUUCUCUCUCUCAUGAGCUUUGGAAAGUCCCACAAGGACCCCGGAACACAACAGCUCCUACACGGCCGCCCCCAGGCCUGACCAACACUAAGCCUAAGCCCUCGUCCACGUGGGGCGGAAACACCCUGAGCCUGGUGGCUGGCUGGAGCAGCUCCUACUCUUCAGGUGUGUGCAUAAAAGGUGCAGUUUAA